AUGGGUUAUUUUGACUCAAUAACCUGGGGCUCCGGUGCUAUAGGCACUCUCCUGGCGCUUGUGAUUUCCAUCACGUCUAUCCUGGCGUUUGUGCGACAGUCUCAGCGCCGAAAAACAGCUCAAGGGCAAGAGGCUCAAAACAAUGCUCCAAUCAAGAAAGAAAUCAGCCGUCCCAAGUGUUGGAGAAUUCGUGGUGUACCCGUCACUUGGAGCAGGAAUGACCUUGCCCUCUAUCUAGAGGAGCAUUGUAGUACGGCGUCUAUUAUCAUCAAAUCUCUUGCCGUGGAGCUUGAGGGUAAUUCUUACACCGCAAUCGCAACAUGCAGGGGAGAUUUCCCCAGAGAGCUUCGCCUGCCAUUAGCGAACGAGACGGCGCGGCCAGAAUAUCUGACCUUUGACUCUCAUUUUCGAGGCAUAACAACACUCUACGCGCCAAAGAGAAGGGAGGUUAAAAUCAAUGUAAUCGCUAUGCAUGGCCUCGGUGGCCAUGCCUUUGGAUCAUUCAAGGAACGCGGCGGUGACCACAUGUGGCUUCUGGACUCGCUGCCCGAUGAUCUAAUCGAUCCGCAGACGACGCGUCCAAUGGCACGAAUUCUUGUUUAUGGCCAUGAGUCGGCUGUCGAGAAUAGCUCCCUUUUCCAAGACCUCGAGGAUGUUGCGCUUUCCUUUCGCGAAGCUCUGCUCCGACUGUCGUCAACGUUACCAGUCGCACCCAUAAUGCUGAUUGGCCAUAGCUUCGGCGGACUUAUAGCGAAACAGGCAUUAAUAUCCAUGCUCCCGUCUGCAACGGAUAAAUACAACAUGUACAAACCUAUCCUUAGAGCCAUGCGAGCUGUUGUAUUUUUCGCAGUUCCUCAUGACGGUAUGGAUAUUGAAGGACUAAGAGAAGCGGCCGGAAAUCGACUCAAUCGCUUCUUAAUCGAGACUCUCAGUGACAAAAACUCAUCAGUGUUGAGAAGACUGCGUCGGAACUUUGAUGGACUACUGGACAGGUUUGACAAGGUGGAUAUAUUCUGCUUUUAUGAAAUGUCGAUAUCGGCAACGCCGUUAAUGAAUGAAGGUAGCGGCAUGCGCAUGAACGGCCCCAAGAAGGUUCUUGUAAGCAAGACUUCUGCUAUUCAUAUUCGCACCUCAGACCACAGUGAUGAUUUUAUUUGCGGUAUAACUCGAGAUCAUUCACACAUUGUCAAAUUUGCACGUGGAGAUGAAGAAUACGAAAAAGUUCGAACCAGGCUACGACGAAUGGCGCAGAACAUUGUGUCUGCAAAAUUUACAACUGAUAGAGCAGAGCUUCAUGAAGCAGUACGCUCCAAUAACACGUCCGAGGCCACAAGACUGUUAGAUGACGGGGCAGCCAUCGACGUAAAGAAUGAUGAUAAUCUCACCCCGUUGCUCGUAGCAACAUUUUAUACACGCAGCAUACCUAUGAUGGAGUUGCUUUUGGACGAGGGUGCAGACAUCAACGCCGCUGACUAUCGAAACAGUGUCGCAAUGCAUGAGGCUGUUAAACGUCGUGACAAGGAGAUGAUCCGAGUACUCUUACAGCACUCACCGGAUCUAACAAUACGAGACUUUUGGGGGAAUAGCCCAUUCCAUCUAGGGGUAAAUGCACCACCAGAAGUAUUAGGCUUAAUACUUGAAAUGCAGCCGGACUCCGAUCGCGCGGAGAAUAUUGAGCACAGAACUGGGGAUAAUGGAACUACCAGUGCCCAAUGUACGCCUUUACAGCUGACAGCGUAUCGUGCAGAAUGGGAUCUUUCGGAGGAUAAAGACUUUGCCUUUGAAAAGGGCGCGCUAUGUGCGAGGCUUCUCUUAGAACAUGGCGCCCUUAUCAAUGCGUGCGGCUUAAAAGAUGGUCAGACGACACUGCACAAGGCAGUGGCAUCUGGAAAUAUGCCACUAACGACAGUAUUGUUGGAAUUUGGGGCAGAUCCGCACGUGGUGGACAACUCAGGACAUACGCCGACAAGCCAGCCUGACGUUGACGCGGAAAUAAAGUUACUGGUUGACGAAUACAGCGAGAACUUCGGGAUCAACUAA